AUGAGCAGUCCCGAUGCGGGCUACGCCAGCGACGAUCAGAACCAGGCAAGGUGCGCGAUGUCAGUCAUGAUGCCUGGAAUGGGACACUGCCAGUGGGCCGACCCCCUCAGUCCCCUCGGGGAGCCCAAAGCGAAGAACGAGGCGUCGUCCGGUCUCGCCGCGGCGGCGGCGGUGGCUGGAGGCGCGGCCGGGGCGAACCACGGGAGUCGCGGCAAGAGCGAACCGAGAAUUCGGCGACCGAUGAACGCAUUCAUGGUGUGGGCGAAAGACGAGCGCAAACGGCUGGCGCAGCAGAAUCCGGAUUUGCACAACGCCGAAUUAAGCAAAAUGUUGGGCAAGUCGUGGAAAUCCCUCCCCAUGGUGGACAAGCAACCGUUCGUAGAGGAGGCGGAGCGUUUACGUGUUCAACACAUGCAGGACCACCCCAACUACAAGUACCGACCCCGCAGGCGCAAGCAGGUGAAGCGGAUUAAGCGGCUGGACUCCGGCUUCCUGCUGCACGGGGGGUCCGAGCUUCAGCCCCCGGGGGACGGGGGCUACCACGAGCACGCCAGCUUCCCCCAGAUGCCUCAGCAGCAACAGCCCCUCGGUCACUACCGCCCGGACCCCGUUGGGGCGUCGUCGUACGAGAGCUACAGCCUCCCCACGCCCGACACGUCGCCCCUGGACGCCGUGGACGCCGACUCCAUGUUCUUCCCCUCCCAGGAGGACUGCCACAUGAUGUACGCCUACCAUUCGCAGGCCCCCGAGUACCAACACCAGGAGCCCCUCCACCACCACCCAGCCUCCUACAUGGGGUGCGCCAACCCUUUAGCAAUGUACUAUGGUCACCCGAAGCGGCACCCGGGGGCGGGGCAGCUGUCCCCGCCACCCGAUUGCCACCCGCACGCUGUACCCGACAACGCCGAGCUGCUUUCCGAGGUGGACCGCAGCGAAUUCGAGCAGUACCUGAGCUCCUCUGCGUCCAACUCGUAUGGCGCCCCGCACGAGGGCGGCGCGCCAGGACCUGAUGGCCUCAUAUCGUCGGUGUUGUCGGACGCCAGCACCGCCGUUUACUAUUGCAGCUAUAACAACUCUUAA